AUGGCUCUGGUGAUGGAACCUAUAAGCAAAUGGACACCCAAGCAAGUACUGGAUUGGAUGAAAGGUAAUGAUUAUACAACAUGUUUAUUUUAAUUUGCUUGACAGAAUACAUUUGGAAACGACUAACAUGGAUAUGUGUACAUCUUUUCUCUUUCUCCAAAUUAAUGGUUCAAUGGAGUUGUUUUGAGCUAAAACGGUGCUAUUCCUUGCAUUGAAAUAUUGAACGUGUGCCAUUUUGUGUAUCAGACCCUGAUGGAAGCGCUAUUUAGUGUAAUUAUCACCCUGGCCUGAUAGGCUACGCAUUUGUAGACCACCAACUAGAUACUGAGACCAACGCAUUACAUGUAAAGGGGUUCAACAAUCAGUUGACCUAUAUAAUGUUCACAUUUAGAUUACCUCAUACCAUAAAGACUGGUGCUCUCUCUCUCUCUCUCUCUCUCUCUCUCUCUUUCUUUCUCUCUUUCUUUCUCUCUCUCUCUCUCUCUCUCUCUCUCUCUCUCUCUCUCUCUCUCUCUUUCAAACACACACACACACACACACACACACACACACACACACACACACACACACACACACAGGUUGAAGAAGUGUUGGCAACAAUUGAGGCGUUUGCAAAACUAGCACCAUGGACAGCGAACCUACUUAAUUUGAAAUGGUGUUGACCUAGACAAUGAUUCACAUUACUACAUUGAUACUACAAUUCAGCAUUGUGGAUAGGGAUAGGGAACAUAUUGUAGGUUGCAAGCUAAUUGAACUGUACAGCAGCUUUUGAAACACAAUAGUCAAUUUCAUCUUUUAGAUAUGCUGUUACACUGAACUCAAAAUGGUUGGUGUUAUGAUGUGCGGUAUGUUUUAAAGAUGCCUUAUGUUCAAGAGUAUUAGUGCUAUUUCUUCACUAUCUGCCAUAACAUUCAUAUUUCUAUGAGAGAAAACAUACUUACCUAUAGUUGUUUUUAUUAUUGUGUUGGCCAACAGUACAGCUGACGUGAAAUAACCCUUAGGUAAGACCAAAAUGACAAAACGAUUGUUGCGCUACAUUACCUGCCAUAAACAAAUUGUGGGCACCGUUACUUUAGUAGUGGCAGACUUCUGUCAUUCUGAAGGCGAGACGCUGAUUGACAACAAAUCCUUUAUUUUCAUUUAGCAACUGAAACGCUAGCAUGAGGAGCUGAAUGCUUAAAUAAUGUUCAAAAGAAAGACCUAUUAGUACUGUAACAUCCAAGCACAAGUUUAAUAACUUUCUCUCUCACCAGGGCACAGGGAUUUAUUUUAGGUCUACUAUCGUCCAACUAAAGAAGCUGUUAUGUGUCAACACAGACAUGGUUUAUGUUUUCCCACGUACUGUACACAAUAGUUUUUGCCAGGCAAGUGUCAGUCCAGAAGUGCACAGCCGUGCUUGCCUCUGGCGCUGCUGUCACAGAUGUGUCUCCAGCCUUCGCACCAAGGGCAGGGCGCCUACGGCACAACUUCUGUGCAGCUGAUACACAACACAACUAGAAACUUUAGUUCACUCUCAAAUUCUCCACCCAAAACACCAUGGGAAGGAAGUGCAUAGGCAAGUGACAUCUAUGUCAUCUGUUGUCAUAUUAAAUUCUGUAGGCCGCCAACAGAUGAAGCCAAUACACAGCAAAAGCUUGUCAGUCUAUAAAACUGGUAGAAUACAACUGACAUAAAUAAUUGAGCUGGUCUAAUCACUAACCUAAGGACAUUUGAGACAGAGGAUGCUGAUAUGAAAGUUGAGACAGAGGAUGCUGAUAUGAAAGUUGAGACAGAGGAUGCUGAUAUGAAAGUUGAGACAGAGGAUGCUGAUAUGAAAGUUGAGAAAUGUCUUUGUGCUACCACAGCUGUAAAGAAUAUUCACAUCCUUUUCACACUGUAUACUAUAUGCUAUUGGAUGCUUUGGCUCCCUUCUUCUUGAGGGUUUUUUGAGAGGUGGCCAGUGGACACAGUUGUAAAGUAAAAGGGGAACUUCACUCAAUAGAGACUGCUUCUUACCUGAUUUUUCUAAAGGAAAGAUCAUUAGGGCAAUAGAGAUCCUAUAAUUGUGAUUAUGUAAUUUUAUGAUUAGGGGUUUGCACUUCUUGUUACAAAGAACAAAGUCUAAAUAUUAGACAUUACAGCACACAAUCACGGCACACACACACACCAAUUGAGGCGUUCAAGAAGAACUAGCACCAUGGACAGCGAACCUGGAUUGGUAAUACUGCCUUACAUUGAUACUACGUUCCAACAUUGUGGCUCGAGGUAGAGCAGUCAGCAAGCUAGUUGAACUGUACUGCAUCUAUUUCAUAACCACUAUUUGCUGUGUAUGAGAGUAGGUUCAAUGCCCAUGAGAGUAAGAGGGAGGGACUGACCUGUUUUUGAGGGCAUUGAGGGCUCUGGAUUAUUCCCUUGGGUAAAAUGUAAUUUAGAAUGAAUAUUAGACACCUGUCUUAUUUCAUUUUGUGAUAGGUCUGAGGGCAAUAAUGAAGUACUGCUGAUAAUUCACUUCUUCAAGGGGCUUACCUCUUGGUCACCUGGCAACUGUUGCCAUGGAGCCUUGAUAGCUAGAGGAAGGCAACAGAAUUGAAAUCCCACAAGCAGCAAGCUCUCUAAUGAAAGCAGCCAUUCAUGAUCAUUAGAUGGAUGCAUGAACGUGUGCGCACACACAUGCACAUGCACACACAAACGCCACACACACACACACACACACACACUUGCGCAAUCAUGCUUUCACAAAUGUCACUCCCACGAACAUAGGCUACGGGCCUGUCUCAAGGCCACAGACCUAUCUCAAGGCCACGGACCUGUCUGUGUGCUCAAAGAAACAGAGGUCUGGGCAGCAGCACAUAACACGGCAAGACAAGUGUUUGCCACAUACAAAUGGGGAACUUAGUUUAGAUGAUUCACCUGACUAUGCACAGACUAUACAGAGCCAUCUACAUACAGCAUAUGAUUUGAUUGUACCAUCCUUUGAUCUACGUAGGCUAAUUUGUCCCCUGCUGAAUGCCUGUGUCCAUGGAUGUGUGUUUGCUGUGCUGUGGUGUUGACAUGGCCCAGCCAGUGUGUGUAAUGUGGGUCAGCUCUGUGCUGUGGCUGUGGCCCGCUCCGCUCUGCUCUGUGGCUGGAGAUGACUCAUCUCCCGGGAGCCAUGGAUGGAUGCUGUGGUUGAAAGCCGAGACUCUGCUAGUCUGCUCUGCUGCUAUCUGGGCUCCUCUCUCUCUGUGUCUCUCUCUCUGUGCCGCCUGGACCGCUUGACAUGGCUCCAACACAGAAUGCUGCAGAGGACUCUAUGUGUCUGUGUGGCUCUGCUGUGCUCUGAUAAGGAUGGCUUUAAUACGCUGUGGUGAGAGCAGUUGAUCUCCUAGACUAGUCCCGUUUCUCUCUGCCCCCAUUCUGUUCUGCUCUGCUCUGCUCUGCUCUGUUUUACACAAAGAGCAGCUCAACUGGUAGACUGGUUCUGCACAGUUCUCUGGAGUUGAAAGAAAAGUAUGUUGUCUCUGCUCAGAGGGUAAGAGCACACUCAGGACUUGGAACAUGUUUAUGGUUGGAAGCAUGCUCCUGGUAUUAUGUAGGAACUAACAAAGUGACUGAAAUGGAAAAUUAGUUUUUAGUAGCCCGGUAGGGGUUUGAUAUGCAUCUUUUUUUUUUUUACAGCAAUUACUCUGAAUCUGCCAGUCACACUGCAUGUUAUACAGCUCUGUCAUAUUUAUGCUUUUGAAUGGUAUAUUUCAAACUGUAAUACUUCUAAAUAAUCCAGCACAAUCCACAUCCUAUACACCUAGUAAAUGACUUGGAUGUUGACAGUAAAGGGGACAAAGACAUACUAUUAGAACAAAGGUGUGCCUAACAUAGUUCCCCCCUCAUGCUCUCUUGUCUGUCCCCCAUGCAGGCCUGGAUGACUGUCUGCAGCAGUACAUUAAGAACUUUGAGCGGGAGAAGAUCAACGGGGAGCAACUGCUCCACAUCACUCAUCAGGAGCUGGAGGAGCUGGGGGUCACCCGCAUCGGACACCAGGAGCUCAUCCUGGAGGCUGUGGACCUACUCUGUGCUCUGGUGAGUAGUCAAUCUAGACAUAAAGAGUUGGAGUCAGGAAGGAUGGUCAGGAGAUAUGGCUGUAGAGUUAGAGCUCUGGUGCACGGACAUGAUGGAACAACUUUACUAUUGAUGACUUCCAGUGCAACCAAGUCAGUGCAGUCAAGGUGCUCGAACUGGAGGAACACAGUAGACGUGCAGGAGAUGUCCAGCUAGUCUAGUUGCCAGAUCUGUUUGUGCACCGUUUGACAGGCAAGGCAUGACAGACAAGAUUGAAGACCAUAGAAGUUCAGUAAAAAGUGUCCCUUUAUUAUAAAAAACAACAACAUGUGUUUCAUCUACUGUCAUCAUCAGUGUUAUUUGCUGAGUAGGGGAGGGUCAGGUGCAGUGCUCAGUACACAGGGCUAAAAAGGCUAGGACCAGAGGCUAAUUCCAGAGUCGCGGCAAUGAUUUGUGUCUGUUGGAGCUAAAGGCUAAUUUAGAUUAAUUGGUGAUAUAUCCUUGUAGGGGCAGAUAGAGGUGGAGCUGGAGGAGCCUGUGCUGUGUACAUCAGUAAGGGUGGCAUGAAGUGGGUGUCGUUAGCCUUGGUGUAUGAUGAGUCAUGCAGAGAGAGUCAGGCGUGGGCAUGGGAAGAGCCCUGUUAGAGCAAGCUAAGAGCUGUGUAUUGAUUUGACUGAAUCAGAGAGGGGCCACACAGCACACGUCCUCGCUGAUGGGCUGGUAAUGGAUCCAUAGGCCUAGAAAGCAGCAGCUGGAAGGGAGUGUGUGUGUGAGGCUGCCUGUGUAUGCGGCGUGUGUGGAGCUAACUGAGGUUAGUGUAUGAUUCGCUGUGACAGAGCGGCCCGCAGCAGAGCAUCAUUAGAGGCUUGGGAAACGUGCCUGGACUGCCUGAAAUCCUGUCUGGCCAACAUCUCCACACCCACACACAUGUAAUCUGUGUCUGUUAGUUAGACAGUCCGGUGGAGGCUGCCUGGGUGUGUGUAUGUCAGAAUGUGUGUGUGUGUGUGAAUGUUGAGCAGACUGGAUCGUUCACAUAAGGGGCUAUAAUAUAGGUGUGCGACUGUGUGAGUGUGUGUGUUUGACUGUGUGAACGUGUGUGUGUGCAUAUGCAUUAACACAGUAUAGUGUGUGUUCUGCAUCUCAUCGCCAGCAUGGUGAUGUGCUGUGAUUCUCAUGUCCCCAUUGAUCCUGGCAGAGUGCACUAGAGCUGAACAUUGCGUCACUGCUGAGAGGAGACUGACAUGAGUAAUGAAUGCACUGGGGGAGAGCUGCAGGUUGAGGGGCCGGGAGGGACAGUACAUGCACACGCACGUGCACACACACACACACACACACACACACACACACACACACACACACACACACACACACACACACACACACACACACACACAGCCCUAUCACAUGGCCCGUCCAAAAUGGAUGUCAGCUGAAUAGAUGUCAGUCUCUCUGCUCUGCUUGUGAAAGACAAGCUUCUCAACAGAGACAUUUUAGGAUUUAAUUUCUCCUUCGUGGGUUGAUUAUGUGAGUGUGAUGGAUUGAAAGAAAAUGCUGGCUUAGUGUCAGUGUGACUGCUGACUCACUUUGACAUCAAACUGAGGGUUGCUUGUUGCUGGGAGUUAGAUAAUUGUUCAUCAGUUGGCAGUGACCAGACAGACAGACAGACAGACAGACAGGGCUCUGGUGCUGAGUUGUUGAUGCAACAGGGGUUUUACUCUCACUACAUUACAGCCAUCAGAGGAAAGUGUCCUCUCCAUGCAGUGAAGCCUCUCUCUGCCUGAAUGGCUCACUGGAAGGAAGGUAGCAGGGAAAUGGCUGAGCUGGUCAGUACUCACCACCACCUAGCAGCAUAAUGGUGUGUUUCCUCUACAGUGGGUUGACUUAUUAUAGUGUUGCUUAGCAUAUUUCUAUGAAUGUAAAGCAUAUUUAAUUCUCCCCCUCCUUUUGUCUCGUCAUCCUCUGCAUUGACAUAUAUAACCGACUAGUGAUGGAGAAGCCCCGUAAAGGCUAUCAGACAGCAGCGCAUUACUUUGAUAUUUUUAAUGAAGCAAGAGGAAAAUCAAUAAGGGAAGAAGGAGCUAUGGAAACACUGGGCUCGGUGUAAUUAAGAGUGACAAAGCCAGGAGUCACCAUGGCAACCGGGCUGGCUAAGCUACAUAGUCGUGAGUUAGACAGGAAGGAGGCAUUUCUCCAUGGUGACAGCGAUGACUGCUAACAAGACCCGCAGAAUGAGAGACAGCUAUUCACACACAGGCACACAUCUCCAACAGACACACCAUUGUGACAAGCUACGUACACACACACAACAUACAUUUCGGUUAGAGUGGAAUACUGCAUGUUGCUCUGUACACUUUAACGAAAGUGUAGCAGAUGAGUGGUCUUUAUUGUGUCUCUGAUGAGGCAAUCAUCCCUUUAUAUUUACUUGAAUAACUUGAUCAAAAAGAUACAGCUCAGUCAACCUGGUUUGGUUGAUAAAUGAAGAGGCAAAGAUGAGAUUUUCUUUACUGGAGGGACUUUGUCUCUAUUUAUCUAUUUGGAUCUUAUAUCCACUAUACAUUUGCUGUAGCACUGUUUUGUAUGAGCUUUCAAAUACAAGGACCGCACUGGACACAGACGUCAAUUCAACGUCUAAUCCACGUUGGUUCAAUGUAAUUUCAUUGAAAUUACGUGGAAACAACGCUGAUUCAACGUUGACUCGCACCACACUGUGCAUGCAAGUUACUGUUAUUUCUCCAUGUUAACUAAAUGUAUCCACAUUUUCUAGAUGAAUGACAUCUUAACUUUAAAGUUAAACACUUCUGGACCAUGAGGGUAUUGUACUUUUUGUUCCAGAACUAUGGACUGGAGACUGAGAACCUGCGUACCCUAUCCCACAAGCUCAAUGCCUCAGCAAAGAACCUGCAAAACUUCAUCACAGGGAGGCGUCGAGGCGGCCAUUAUGACGGCAGGGCCUCCCGCAGGCUGCCCAACGACUUCCUCACCUCCGUGGUGGACCUCAUCGGAGCAGCCAAGAACCUGCUGGCCUGGCUGGACAGGUGGGUGUUACACCUCGGCCCUGGGGGGGGUGGAGGCUUAUGCACCAGAACAUCCCAGUUUUGUUAGACUUACAGCGAAACUACACUGACACCGUGACGAGAGCGUACCGUCAUACCUCCGCAAAGUGGUUUUCAGGGUGCUGCACUGGGAGCGUGACGAAAUGCGUGGCUACAAACGUAAUUUUUGUGGGGGCUUUAUUUCAUAACGGUAUGCUAUCUGAAAUACAUUUUGGCCACACGUCAUAAUGCGAGGAUAUUCUUGCAACCUCAGCAACACGUUUUUUAAUACAAGCCUAAAAUGUGAUACCAAACCUUUCAAUGUGUGCAGGGUGUUUUUUUUGGCUAUUUUUGUAUUUAGGAUUAUUAGCUAGGUUUCCAUCCAAUUGGCGACAGAGUUUCAUGCGAAAAUUCUAAAAUCUGCAUAAAAACAAUAUGCGCAUUUUCCCACCAGAGAUGUGUUUCCAUGAAAUUGACUUGUUGCAGCUAAAAGGCUGUGCGUGAUGAGUCACUCAGCAGGAGGGGAGGGCCGAGCCGGCCGGGAGGAAAGGGGACAGUGCGAGUCAUAGGAUGCGGAAAGGGAGGAGAGUAGGGUUGAAGAGGAAGAAUCAGGAGAUAGGAGGGAGAAGGAUUUAGCAGAAGGGAGAGAUGAUAGAAUAGAAGAGGAGAGAGCAGUGGGGGAGAGAGAGCGAAGAUUGCGACAGCGCAUGACCAUCUGGUUAGGGGCUGAGUGGAUAGGGUUGGAGGAAAGGGAGACAGAAAAGGGAACAAAGUAGUGAUCAGAGACCUGGAGGGGGAUUGCAGUGGAUUAGUAGACAAACAGCCUCUAGUAAAGAUGAGGUCAAGUGUAUUGCCUGCCUUGUGAGUGGGAGGGAACUGGGAAAGGGUGAGAUCAAAAGAGGCAAGGAGUGGAAGAAAGAGUUGGAAAGAGAUGAAUCGAAGGUAGACGUCAGGAGGUUGAAGUUACCCAGUACGAAGAGUGGUGAGCCAUCGUCAGGAAAUGAGCUUAUCAAGGUGUCAAGCUCAUUAAGGAACUCUCUAAGGGCACCUGGUGGGCGAUAGAUGAUAACAAUGUUAUGCUUGAGUGGACAAGUGACAGUGACAGCAUGGAAUUCAAAUGAGGAGAUGGAUAGGUGAGUGAGGGAAAAAUAGAACAUCUCGAUUUAGGAGAAAUGAGCAGCCCUGUUCCACCACCGCGACGACCAGAUGCUCUCGGACUAUGAGAGAAAACGUAGUCAGAUGAAGCUGCUGGAGUAGCAGUGUUCUCUGGGGUGAUCCAUGUCUCCGUCAGGACCAGAAAUUCUAGGGACUGAAGGGCAGCAUAGACUGAGAUGAACUCUGUGUUCUUGACCGCAGAUCGGCAGUUACAAACGCUGCCAGAGACCAGUAAUUCCACGUUGGGUUGUGCUUGCAAGGUACACUAAAUUAGAAGGGUUGCAACCAAGAGGUGGGGAGCGUCUAUAAAGCCUACAAGGAGAGGAGCGAACUGGGAUAGAAAACACACACAUAGUUGGCAAAGCUACAAAAUAGCAAAAUGAGAUCAUCUGAAAAUAACUAGAUAAGAUAAUCAAGUGAGAGAGUGGUGUUGAGCCUUGCUCUCUAUCUUUCCUCUAAUAACUCGGCAGAACCAUCUUUGUUUCGGCGACAGUCUUUGUUUCGGCGACAGGCUUUGUCGGCGAUGGACUUUGUCGGCGCCGCUGAGAAAACAGGGAAUACUGAAGUACUAACAGUAAUUGCUAAUUGCUUUGCAGAGGUGUAGAGCACACCUCCCGGUACUAAUUGCUGAUUGCCUAGGAGUGGAGAAACAACACCCCCUCCAAUAUAGCCACUGAUUAUGAAAACCACAACAGUCACACAUUUCCCUGCCCCUUAAUUCUGGUUGAUGUGUUAACAAUCAUCUGCAAGUUAUGAGCAGUCAGCAGUUCAGACACCAAGUAGGCUACUGGGAAGACAGGCAGCACUUAAAGUAGAUGGCCGUAGCUAGCAAAAAGACAGUACUAGACAACACAGAUUAAGACAAAAUUAUACUUAUCACUCCUGGAGAUAUCAGGAGUCCUCUAGCUAUAGAAUGAAGCACGCAAGGUCCAACCGAAAUUUGACUUGGCCUUGUAACCCAACCCCUCCGAAAGACAGACAUACAUACACAUACAGUUUUAUUCUGGAGAGGUGUGGGUGACCGGGGAGCUGUUGUUGUGGGGGGGGGGGGGGGGUAAGUGCCUUGCUCAAGGGCACAACAGCAGGCAAUGGCAUCUAGGAUUUGAUACCAGCAAUGAUGGUUAUAAUAUCAAUAUUUGCGCAUAAAAGUGUUUCCACAGCCAUUUCUCGCAAAAUGAAUUUUACAGACAAAAAAAGAUCCCACCUUGUCUAGCGUAUUUAGUUUGAGAAAAGUCUCUCGUCUUGUCACAGAUAGAAUAAUGAGCGUUAUGUUUCACCGGAUGUAUAAAUCUGAAGCAUCUGGUUGGCAUUUCCACUCACCACCAAAUAUGGUGAUGAGAGGAAGCCUAGUGACCGGCAGUGGGAGAAGAUGGAGCGAGAUGGAUUUUGGCCGACGUUCUGCUAAUUUUCUCAUCUAUGAAACAUUUGAUCUCAAUACAGUUUUCUGUUCCAAAUACUAGAAUCUGUUACGAACUGAGUAUUGCACACGCGCACUUUACAGAACGGAAAAUAUGCAAAUACAUGCUAGAACGCGCCAAAAGGAUCUCACUAGCUUGUGCUUGCUUCUGCUAACCUCCUUGCUUGUUUUGCCCACUAUUAAUUUGCUCCCAUUGGAAACGACAGGCUGUGGUCUAUCUUGGGUUAGUUAUACAAAUCUUUGGUCUUGUUGUCUUUCCUUGCUAGCGAGUUGGCUAAACACUGCAAGCUAGCUAGCCUUUGUGAAAUAAUCUUAUUUAUAAUUAAAUAAUAUGCCCAGGCAAAUACUUAUACUUGCAGUUGUAACGUACAACAUUAUCCCAAUUUGAUAAGCUGCUUCAACGUAUUCGCUUCCAUAUCAGCGAAAAAUUUCAUCAUUUUUGGUCACAGAGAAAGAAAAGCACAUGGCUAUCUGUUUUUAUGUUUCCAAAUAGUCUAGAAUAAAGUUAACACGUCUAAACAAAAUACAUUUUGGGGGGAUUCUAAUAAGGCUACAAUGUUGUUUGUUUUAAUUGUUUGAACAGUCACUGAGAUUAUAUUGAUUUAUCAAUGCAAAAUAUACUGAACAAAAAUAUAAACGCAACAUGUACAUUUUGUGCACAAAUCUGUUUACAUCCCUGUUAGUGAGCAUUUCUCCUUUGCCAAGAUAAUCCAUCCACCUGACAGGUGUGGAAUAUCAAGAAGCUGAUCAUUACACAGGUGCACCUUGUGCUGGGGACAAUAAAAUGCAACUCUAAAAUGUGCAGUUUUGUCACACAACACAAUGCCACAGAUGUCUCAAGUUAUGAGGGAGCGUGCAAUUGGCAUGCUGACUGCAGGAAUGUUCACCAGAGCUGUUGCCAGAGAAUUGAAUGUUCAUUUAUCUACCAUAAGCCGCCUCCAAUGUUGUUUUAGAGAAUUUGGCAGUAUGUCAAACCGGGCUCACAACCGCAGACCUCGUGUAACCAUGCCAGCCCCUCCACAUUUGGCUUCUUCACCUGCGGGAUCGUCUGAGUCCAGCCACCUGAGAAGCUGAUGAAACUGUGGGUUUGCACAACCGAAGAAGUUCUGCACAAACUGUCAGAAACUGUCUCAGGGAAGCUCAUCUGCAUGCUCGUUGUCCUCACCAGGGUCUUGACCUGACUGCAGUUCGGCGUCGUAACUGACUUCAGUGGGCAAAUGCUUACCUUCGAUGACCACUGGCACGCUGGAGAAGUGUGCUCUUCACAGAUUAAUCAUGGUUUCAACUGUACCGGGUAGAUGGCAGACAGCGUGUAUGGUGUCGUGUGGGCGAGCGGUUUGCUGAUGUCAACGUUGUGAACAGAGUGCCCCAUGAUGGAGAUGUGUCGCGCUGCAUGAGGCAAAUGGUGGUCACAUGAGAUACUGACUGGUUUUCUGAUCCACGCCCCUACUUAAAAAAAAAAGGUAUCUGUGACCAACAGAUGCAUAUCUGUAUUCCCAGUCAUGUGAAAUUCAUAGAUUAGGGCCUAAUGAAUUUAUUUAAAAUGACUGAUUUCCUUAUAUUAACUGUAACUCAGUAAAAUCAUAGAAAUUGUUGCAGGUUGCGUUAAAAUGUUUGUUCAGUGAAGGUUAUUUUGAUGCAUAGCCUAUAGAUCAGAUCAAGGAUCCAAGCGAGCUUCCUUGCCUACACAACACUGCCCCUAUUACGAUUUUCAUGAGGCACUGGAGUAUGUAGAAUGUCUAAGCGCACUACAAGGAGCCGCCCCUUUUGUGAUGAAAAACGACAUUGCGACACUGCACUACGCUCCGUAGGGUCCGUCUCCAUAGGUUAUAAAUAGCCCUUUAGAAAAAUAAAUAAUUGUCUUAUAGUUUAUAUAUGGUUCUCUUUCAUUGUAAAGUUGUUGGAGAGGGCUUAUGCAAAGAGUUGAUUUUUUAUCUGACUGACUGUUCUGUUCUGUUCUGCCCUCUCCUAUCCUCUGACGUCUCUGAACUCUACAUAUUGUACUUUCUUCCCUCCUGCCAGAUCCCCAUUUGUCAGUGUGACAGAGUACUCCUUACUAAAGAACAACAUUGUUCAACUGUGCCUGGAGUUAACCACCAUAGUACAACAGGUGAGUUGUCCAAGGGUAGGAAAAGGUUAGGGAAUUGUAUUAACUAGAUACUAUUGCGUCAAUAUGUCUCUCACAGAACACCUAGCUACAUACCUCCAUUUUAUACUUCUGUUAAAGUUUUGUCAGGAAUAGAUGAAGGCCUACUGAAAAUAACUUCCCUGUUUUAAACACUCUCAAUAGACAGUCUGCCAACUACACUAGCGAUCUCUUUUUUUAAUACUUUCGUUCUCUAACAGUUUUUUAAUUGUCUUGCAGGACUGCACAGUGUAUGAGACAGAAAACAAGAUUCUUCAUGUGGUGAGUUUUGAGUCUUUUUUCAUGGGGUUUACUGCCCACAAGGACACACAAGGAUUCACAAAUCUUCCUAUCAAUCAUUAA